CGACGCCCCGGCCAGAUCGUAGACUCGCAUCUCUCUCUCUCUCCCUCUCGCCUCGACAAGAUGGAUCCUUGGGCAUCGCCUUGGGCCGACGAUAGCCGCGAGGAUGCGCGCCGCGAGGACACGCGUCCGCCAGCAGCCCCGUCUACACCGGCAAAGGAGGAUCCAUGGGCUGACAGGGCGACGACGACGAGCGGCGUUGAUACGGAGGCAGAUCCGUGGGGAUCAUCAGCAGCAGCAGCGCCCGAUUCAUCUUCAUUAUCCAUCCCGCCACACCCUGCAUCUCCUCCAGCGCCAGUUCCAGCGCCAUCUACGUGGGAGUCAACCGCAACCUCUGCCGGAUGGGGAGGCCAAGAGGAUGCGGCGAUUCCAUCAUCAUCAUCGUUAAGCUCAGUCGCUCCUCCCUGGCAACGCGAUGAGCCAGAGCCAGAAGUCGACGUGGACGCAGGCGUAGAUCCGUGGGCAGAGAAGCCUCCUCCUCCUCUCGCUCCACCAGCCCUGCCGCCUUUGCCCACAUCACUGAAUGGGUCCCCGCCUAAAGAGUCGGCUGAUGUGCCCGCGCCCGCGCCUGCGCCUGCGCCUACGCUUCGUCCUCCUCACGCCUCUCAGCUCGAGGAGAAUAGAGAUACGAGCAAUUUUGCUGCUGCUGCGCGCCCAUCCACGAGCAAGGAGCAGACUGCCACUGCCACUGCCACUGCCACUGCGCCUGCCUCGAACGCGAACGCGACCCCCUCAUCAGGGCAAGGCUGGACACAGAGCAAGCCGAGCGGAGCAGGUGCGUUUGCCGGUCGAGUGGGAGGAUGGCUCUCAGGCGCCGUCUCCCGAGGCAGGGAGGCGCCUCCCGUCGUGAAUGCUGCGGAGGCGGAGGAGGAAGGAGAGGAGAGCGUGGAUAAUAGAGACGAGGUGCAGGUAGCUCAGCAGAGUAGUAUCAUGGACGAGCCGCCCGAGAAGGAAGCAGCAGCUUCAUCUGCAUCUACAGGCGCGGGCGCAGCAGGAGGAGGGUUCUGGAGUCGAUGGCGCAAGCCGCAACCUAGCGCUGCUGCUGCUGCUGCUGCUACAAAGGAAGAUCCACAACCACCACCCGCGCCGACACCCGCCGUAGACGCCGAUGGCCUCGAUUGGCUUGCCGCUCAGUCCUCCCCUCCACCAUCAGCCGCAUCAGCCCCUCCUCUUCCCCCUCUCCACUCCACAGGCGGGGGGAUGUUUCGUACCCCCUCGAUAGGCAAGGUCAAAUCAGCGUCAAAGGCCAGCGAUCUAGACUUUAGCAUCUUCGAGGAGCAAGCCGAGGCGCAACCGCCGCGCGUGCAGCCAAGCCAUGACCCAUUCGAUAUCCUCAACGCGGCGCCCCCGCCCGUAGCCAGCUCUAGUAGCAGGCUUUCUCGCCAACAACACGACUACGCCGACGAUCAACCUCCCCGCGAGGCCUACGCCGCUGCCGCACGUCGUCCCCUCGCUCCCCCUCCCAAACCUAGCGCGCGCUCUCGCCCUGGCUCAGCAGGCGGAGGAUUCACCCCCGGCCUCGCCUCCAAUCUAGAGGACAUGGAGCGCACAGGCUUCUCGUACCGAGAUGACGACUACGAUGAGGCAGACGAGGAGGAGGAUCGACGUCGCUGGCUGGCAGAGCAGGCUGCGAGGCAGAGGGGGGAGAGGGAGAGGAGGGGCCAGAGUGGACAAGCGAUGGGUGGCAGUGAGAGGUUCAGAGAUGAUAGGACUUGGACGACGUCGCCCUUGCCUGCUGUCCCUCUACCUCCAUCGCGGAGAGAGAGGGAGGAGCGGGCACAAUCCCCACCCAUUCAUGCCAGUUUGGCAAACCUUACCAUGAGCGGCACGACGGGGCUGGGUCGAUCCGCCUCUACCUCGAGCGCUAGCUCAGCUACGCGACGAGGGGCCCUCCUCCCUCCCCCGCCAGGGCCUGGCUCUCACGCCCACGCCCACGCUCGCACCUCGCUCUCAUCGUCUUCUAGCAGCCCGCCACCGCAGCAACAACAGCAGCAGGCGCUACGCCCUCCGGCCUCGUUCAGAGGUCCCUCACCUAUCGCGGCUACCAAACAUCAGCCCGCCCACGCCCACGCGUCGUCCGACCCGCGAUCCUCAGGCUCAGCCCUAUCAAAGGACGAGCUGGCCUUCUUCGAGGGUCUCUGAGCGUGGGCCAGCCAAAACACGCGUACAUCACAUCUGCAUCUGCAUCUACUCUACGCGCGCGGCGGGCGAGGCGAUUGGGAUGAUGGUGACUCGGCAUCAUGAAGAUUACUACUGUGAGAAAGUUCGCGCUCUCUCAAUGAUAUGCUAGUACAUAUGAAAGAAGCAUUAGGGCCGCAGGGCAUGAUGAUGUGGUGACUGAUGGGAGAAAAAGAUGGUCCAGAUGUCGUGGCGGGGGGGAUGCUCGUCUCUCUCGUCGAUAUAUACACACUCUCUUCGUCGCUUCUCCCCUCUCGCUCGCCUACGCCCCAAAAUGGAACAACUGCUUCCUCCU